GGAUUAGAACCCAGGAUUGUGCUCUUUCCACUAGGAAACAUUGCUCUUCUAGCCCCCUCAAGUUUCCACAGAAGCCUCCUUAUCCUACUGUUCCGAGGUCAGUACAGUGCCUCGCACAAAAUUGGACAUCACGAUGACGAGUGAUCGCUUUGAUUGCCAUCACUGCACAGAAUCUCUCCUGGGCAAGAAGUUUGCCUUAAAGGACGACGCUGCUUAUUGUGUCCCGUGUUACGACGGUCUUUUUUCCAACUUCUGCGAGGAAUGCCACAAAGCCAUCGAAUGCAGCUCCAAGGAUCUGGUCUACAAAGGCCUUCACUGGCACGAGGGCUGCUUCAACUGUGCCAAGUGCGGCCACUCUCUGGUGGAGAAGCCGUUCGCUGCCAAGGACGAACAGCUGCUCUGCACCGAGUGUCACGCCGGCGAGCACUCUUCCAAGUGCUCCCACUGCGGGCGCACCAUCAUGCCCGGUUCUCGGAAGAUGGAAUUUAAGGGGAAAUUCUGGCACGAGACCUGCUUCGUGUGCCAACGUUGCCAAAAGCCGAUUGGGACGGAGCCUUUGAUUUCCAAAGAGCACGGCAAUUACUGCGUGCCGUGUUUCCAGAAGCUGUUCGCUCACCACUGCGUUUCUUGCAAAAAGGAGAUAACCACGGGAGGAGUGAACUAUCGCGACCAGCCGUGGCACACGGAGUGUUUUCUGUGUGCUGCCUGUAAGAAGCCACUUUCAGGACAACGUUUCAUUUCCAAGGACGAAUGCCCCUACUGCGUGGAGUGCUUCAGCAGUCUGUUUGCCGAAAAGUGUGCGUCCUGUACCCAGCCCAUCACUGCUUUCGGGGGAGCCACGUUCGUGUCGUUCGAAGAACGCCGGUGGCACAGAAACUGUUUCAACUGCGCGAAAUGUGGCAUCUCCCUGGUUGGCCAAGGUUUUCUGACUCAGCAGGGUGGCGUCUUCUGCCGGGAUUGCGGGUCGGAAGCUUAAUUCAAGAUCGGGUGACGGCGAUGACCCUCUCAAGGGUCUCCAAUAAUCUCCUUCUUGCCACAUCCAACGGCCUCUCCGCCAUCCUAUUCCUCCUCGACUUCU